CGAAAUGGAAUCAAACAAAAAUGUCAGAAUGUCAGACAUAAUGCACGAACUGCGUAUUUUGUUGUGCUAAUUUCAGUCUAUAAUUAAAAAUUAUGUUUGUAAAUGUGUAAAUAAUUUUCAAAUCUCUUUUUGUUUUAUUUAUUGAACAAAUUCUGUGAUUUUGAUCGAACAUUUUAGUGUGGAUGUGAAGUGUAAAUAUAAUGUACGAACGAGCAUCGAUUCUUUGUGAUUUGUUAUAGAAAUAUUUCACAAAAGAUUACAAACAUCGAACAUAACCCACCAAACAAACAUAGACAUGGUAGUUCGCCGGUCGAACUUUAAAUGUUCAAGUUGAUACAACAACACGAUGGGACAACAGACGUCUAGGAAGAGCGGAGAGUGCACUUGCGGGUGCGGUGCGUGGGAGCGGCGCAGAUACGCGGAGUCUCCCAGUAGCGUGCAUAGAUACGUCAGCGCGGUCACUGACAGAUGGAGCGGGCGCGAGUGCGCGUGUCGCCGGCGACGGUGGCGCCGCCCCGCGUGCGUCUGCACGGCCUACAGGCGAGUUAGUGACGAUAGACUGGCUGCAGUACUGACUCUUGGUGCUAGAGACCUCAGGAGGGAGUUGGACGCGAUUGUCAUAAAUACAGGUGACACAUUCUUAUUUAUUUAUUUAUAAUUCAUGGAGGACUUG